AUGAUAGAUAAGCAGGGGCGGAUGCUUACAUUAGGCUCAGAUGCAGAUGUCAGUGCCUCGUGUUCCCCCCAAUAUAAAUUUGUGGACUCGGAGGAAAACGGGUUUCAAGAUUUGGUGCCGACUAGCCUCGCAGAACUGACUGCCAAUGAAGAGGUGCAUACUGCGCACCUCGUGGAGGGUGACUUCUUCCCUGAGGAAUCUUCUGCCCCUGCGGAACUGCAGAGCGGCGAGGACCGCAAUGAUGCAUCCACCAACUUGUUGCAGGAGUCAUCGCCCUUGUCGGCAAGAUCUCCACCUGAGAAAAGAGUGCCAUACGACAACAACGGCAAUACAGGGAGUGAGGUACGUUCUUUGUCGUUCCCAGAGACACGUCGUUCUGUAAAACGCGUGCGUUGGGCGGACGAAGUUGAUACUGGUAUGCCGUUGGUCAGGCGUGCCACAACGUUCCUUUUACUCCACAUAGACAAAGAACAACAACAACAGCAACAGCCACAACAAGUUAUUGACUUGGAUAAGGUGUCACAGGCUCUUUCUCCACCACCUGUGCUCCGCCAGGAGAAAAACGGCGACGGGAGGAUUUAUCUCUCAUGUAAGGCACUUCGUCCAGCUCGACGUUUUGUUCUUUGGAAGCGGAGCAAUGGGGCGAGUGACGCUGUCGCAGAAGAGUUCCCAUUUAAACUACAACCACCUGGAAGCAGCUCUACAAGACACACUGCCACUCUGUUAGCUGCUCUCCACCCUCCGUAUCAAGCGGAACAUGUGGGGCCAGCGGUGCUAAUGCGUAGUGCCACUAUAGCGCAGAGUGCAAAGAAGGGAGAGGCCCUCUGUGAUGGGGGGCUUCAGAUGCCAAUGGUGCGGCCUUCGCAGCUGCGUAACGUUCCCUUACAUAUUUUACUCUAA